GGGGGAGCGGCGCCGAUGGAGGGCGGCGGCGGCGAGGCGGGGGAGGCGGCGGCGCUCCGCGAGGCGCUGCGGCUGCUCCGCAUCGAGCCGGCGGCCGCGGGGCCGAGCGCGGCGGCGGGGGCGGGCGGAGCGGCGCCGUGCUCGAGGAACGUCCUGCGGAAGCGGAGGCGCUGGGAGCGGGUGCUGGCGGCGCGGAGGAGGCGGCGGCGGCAGGAGAGGGAGCGGAGCCGGGCGCGGCGGGACGGGGGCCGAGGGGCCGCCCGGCGGCACAGCAAGGCCCUGGCGGAGCAGCGGCUGCUGGAGGCGCGGGCGUCGGGGCCCCGGCUCUGCGUGGACCUCGGCAUGGCCGACCGCAUGUCGCUGAAGGAAACCAGCCGCCUUGCUUCGCAGAUCAGGAGGCUCUACGGGGCCAACAGACAGGCCGAGAAGCCGUUCUGGCUCUACCUGACCGAGUUUGUCGUGGGCUCGUUGAUCUACGAGGAGUGCUUUCGCAUGAACGACGGCUUCUCCAAUUACUUGAUGGAUACUACUCAAGAAAGUUACCUGGACCUGUUUCCUUUAGAUGCCAUUGUUUAUCUCACUCCUGACUCUGAGAAUGUCCUUGAAGAUAUUGAUCCCAAAAAAGUGUACAUCCUUGGAGGCCUGGUGGAUGAAAGUAUUCACAAGAAGCUGACUCUGCGAAGGGCACAAGAGCAGUCCUUGCAGACAGCCCGCCUCCCAAUUCGUGAGUACAUGGUAAAAGCUGUAAACACCAAGAACUACCACUCGGAGACACUAGCAAUUAAUCAAGUUCCUAAUGUUCUGCAGCCAGUGGAAUAUGUAGUAUGGCUUGCCAUGGAUAAGCGUAUCAGAGCAUGGUACAUGUCUCUGUUCCUAACAGUCUUUGAUGUCUUGUCAACUUACUACAAGACCCGAAGUUGGCCAGAUGCCUUGAAAGCUGGAGUUUCUUCUGGAAAAGGCUACGUGCUUCCAGAUGCAGAGAAGUAACUGGAGAUACCUCAGCAUGACGAUGCACAAGAAAACUCUUUUAUUUUAUGAUGUUAAGGAGUUCUGCAGGGAAGAGCAGCAAACUUCAGAUUUCAAGCAGAGGCACUAGCAUGAACACGUAUAGAAAAAACAGCUCUGCUUAAAUUUAUUUGCAUACAGACCUCGUCAAGAGUGACACAUUCUGCCUCAACAGUACAAUGCUGGAAAUGACUUUUCAUCCUGAAAUGAAAAACAAAAGCCAGUUGAGCCUUGGCAUCAACGAAGAACUGACAGGAAUUCAGUUUAACAAGCAUCUGCGAAUGAAAAUAGAGAAUCUGUUACUCUUAAACCUGCAACUGUUCUAAGACGGGGAGGAGAGCUUAAUGGUUAUUUCUUUCACCUUGAUUAAAUAGGAAGAAUUACAGAGCACAUUGUUGAAUAAAAGUCCUUCCUAAAGAAAA